AAGUUCAUUAACAGCAUGGGCCCAUUAAUGGCUUUCUUUCGUGUAACGUACGUCCGAAAAACCCUAACCCUCCUCAUUAUGGGGAAGACACUUCUUAUAAAUACACAGCUUUGCCCUAGCAGUAACACGCUUUGUUUUUCACCGUUCGUGCAGAGAAGAAGAAGAAGAAGAGGAACGAUGAAGGUUAUCGCUGCUUUUCUCCUCGCGAAACUCGCCGGAAACGAGAACCCAACCAAAGGUGAUCUGAAGAACAUCUUCGAUUCCGUUGGAGCUGAGUUCGACGAAGCGAAGACGGAUCUGUUCUUUUCUCUGGUGAAGGAUCACGACGUGACGGAGCUGAUCGCGGCUGGAAGGGAGAAGAUGGGGGCUCUAUCUUCCGGUGGUGCAGCUGUUGCUAUGGUGGCUGGAGCAGGAGGCGACGCUCCUUCCGCGGCUGAGCCAGCGGCGGAAUCUAAGAAGGUUGAGGAAGAGAAAGAGGAGUCGGAUGAUGGUGAAGGCAUGAUGAGUCUCUUUGAUUGAGGAUCUGAUCUUUUAAGAUCUAAACAGGUUUUUAUUUUUUGUUUUUAAUGUGGGAUUCUAUGGAUGGAUCGUUGUUGCUACCUUCGGAUAAUUUCAGUAUUUUAAUUAAAUAUAUCUGAUGCUCGAAUUAUGACUCGUCUUUAUAAUUUACCAAGAGCUCUAAAUCGAGUAAUAGACAUGUGCAAACCAGACAUGUUAAUUGUUUAGGAUGUUUAUUUCGUUUGUUAUACAUUAUUAUCCUGUAGACCACUUGCAUCUGAUGCUUGAGUCUGUCAAGCUUUGAGAUUUGAAUGUUACACCUUGAAACAAUCAACAUAAAUGUCCAUUGCGAAACGCAAAGUCUUAUAAAUUAUGAAAUGAAACUCCACCUUGGGGGGUUUUUACUUGGGAGAAAUCCAUUGUGUAGACUAGAAACUAAAAUGAACCAGCUUCUUCAAGCUAGACUCAGAAACUAAUUGUGAAAGUUAUGCCAACAUAGGAGCUGCUCUUAUUUACUUCCAUUAUUUCCGAUUUUAAAGCUCUCCCUCGCUUUGAGUGUAUAAUGGAAAAGGGCUCAACGAUUUUGACGAAUUGUCUCUUUGUACUGUGAGAAGAAAUUCUUCGUUUCUAGUUGAUGAUGAUGAUGGUGGUCUAAGCUUGCGCCAAGAAUUACUGCUCGACACUUUUGAGUUGGGAUUUCCACUCUGUUCUUAAUGAGCUUUUCACUAAGCCCAAUUUCUUGAGCGCAUUUGGAAGCCGGUUAAUUAUGUUAUUACGGCUAUGAAAUAUACUACGUGAUUUUACCGCCGACAAUUUUACCACUGAAAAUAUUCGAUGGUAUGUCAUGCACUAUUUUACAUUUUCUGGUUUGAACCUCAGAUAACUAGUAUAAAAAAUAUUAAUGAA